AUGAAACUUUAUCAGCAUUCUGUACGAUGUACAGUAGCUAUGCAAAUAUGUUUGGAUGCUAGCCAACAAUAUUGGCGAUUUGUACCUAUGACAAUAGAAGAAUCAGAACGACCAGAACAACGAUCUGCUCAAGGUAUUUCGUUUACUGACGAACUUACUUGGAAUCUACGACAAAUGGAAGAUUGCACAAUAUAUGUUGAAUCAGUUCCGAAAGCAUCGACUGGCUAUACGUUUUCCAAUCGACAAAUAGGAUUGCAAUUGUCCUAUUUUAAUAAAAAACGAGAUAAAGAUUUACCAAAUCAAAAUAUUGAUUUAUAUAAUGCUACCAUUGUAGCUGUUCUACCAGAAACAUGUUCUGAAAUGCUUCGAAUCACUGUUGAAUCAUUAUUUAUAACUCAUGCUGAAACAAAUCUCAAUACAAUUGGUAAUAUUUUGAACAAGAAUUCAACUGGUAAUAAUCAUCCAAUGAAUAAUCCAUGGUUAAUUCGAGGUGAUGAAUGGUAUCAAGGACUAUUACGUCGACCUCAGUCGAAGAGUACAACAUGA